AUGUCAGUAAUAACAUCAAAGCGUUUGAAACCACCACUUCAUCCAUUGGAAAAACGUAUACCGCGCAAUCCAAAAUACGAAAAUGUUCAAUCAACGCUUGACACAGGGGAUAGUUUGACAAAAUUCAUCAAACGCAAUGAAGAAUCACGUGCUUCGAGCAAGCAACAAGCAGGCGAAAUAUUCAAACGGAUGAAAAUAUCAACACUUGUUCAAUUGAUCGUUCAAGUCGCCGAAAUCAAUGCACUUGAAACACCGAAACCGACGGAUACGGAUCCAAUUGCAUCCGAUCGUACAUUAACUGAUUUCGAUCGACCUCAAACGCAAGACAGUCAGAUGAGUGUUGAAACCCAACGAUCAACAUUACAAAGUGUUAUUCGUGGUGUUGGGGAAAUGGAUGUAAAUAGAAAUUAUCAAAGUCGUGCUUCUACUACACCUAUCACGCCUAAGACUCCAAUGAGUGAACAGAUGAAUUUAGAGUAUGAUGAACGGCCGUAUUUAAUCGUUGAUCUUCGUGACAAAGACGAAUUUCGUGCAAACCAUAUUGUCUCGGCCCAUCAUUAUCCAGCUGCAAUGCUUUCACGUUGCUCAAAUAACGAAUCAAGAGAAUUGCUUCUCUACAAAAAUCACAAGGGCAAAAUUAUCGUCUUGUACGAUGAAGAUGAACGAAUUGCUCCGCAAGCUGCAACAGUGAUGAUGGAACGUGGCUACAAUAACAUCUUCUUGCUUUCAGGAGGUUUGAAAUAUGCUGUUCAAAAAUUUUCUCGUGGCCUUUUGACUGGCACUUGUCCACAAUCAUGGACAGUACCAAGCACAUCACGAACGUCUUCCGCGAAAUCAAAGCGUCCACAAUCAACAGGCAGUACUCGUCAAGAAGCUCCUGUUGGUCAAUCACUUGCAAGUACCAUACAACCAGCUCGAGGUCCAAUGAUUACAUUUGACGCACGCGAACAAUUCACGCAAAAUGAUAUUGAAGACCUAAACCAACAGUUAGAAAAAAUCUUAUUACCACAGGAUAAUAGUUCACGUUUGUCACGUCCAUUGACAUCCGUUUCCAAACAAAGUUCACGUAUGUCAGUUGCUUCUGAACGUUCAAAUCUAAGCAGUGCUUCGGAGAAGCCGUGGAAACCGUAG